GAUUGUGUGCGUGGAUGGAUGGAUAGUAGCCCACCACCAGGCUGUGCUGCCACUGCUGUAGCGGAGCACACACGCGCGCGCGCGCGCACACACACACACACACGCGCGCACUUAAGGAUAGUGUGUGAGGCAGCCAGGCAGCCAGUGUGUGAGCCAUGUUGGAUGUGACUGAACGGGAGGAGAGAUGCUGCCGCUGCCGCGCCGCUCCUAGCGCUCAGACCUCCAGCUCCACGGACCACAGCGGGUAGAUGCCAACUCGCCAGGCCCACGGAGAGACGGGGGAGCCUGGGGGAAGGUGUCGGGCGGUGCCGGCGGUCCUGGAACUGGUCACAUAGCCGGAACGAGGGAGAGAGAAGUAACGGGGAGACGGGAAGACGCGCUCGAGAGUGAAAGAGGGAGAAGAGGCAGAGGUGGAAGAGGGAGAAAGGAGGGAGGAACGGAGAAAGGAAGAGACUAAAUGGCUGCACCGCUACCGGGCUUCACCCCGCUCCUGCUCUCGUCCCUGGCACUCCACCUGCUCCUCCUCGGCCCUUUGUUCGCCCACACCCCGGCAAAGGGGAACACAGGUGGGGCUCCCAACCGAUGCACGCCGGGCCUCCGCUCACGAGACGCCGGCAAAGUGAGCCGGCAGCAACCACCGCGGCGGGAGCGCGAGGAAGCGGGGGAGUCGCCGUGGGGCAGCCGGGAUCUACGCCCGAGCAGGUGGACCGUGGAGCAGGCGCGGACUGGGGGAUGCACGCGAGCGCGGGACGCGGGAGCGACGCUGGGAGGAUUUCACCUGUACGGGGCGAGGGGGGCGGCGGACGGGAGAGAGAGACCGGAAGCAGCCGGGACGGUCUGGGGGAGAGCGGACGGACCAUCGGCGCCGCCGCCUCCUCUCCACCCAGGUACGCGGAGCGAGUCGAGCUCGGAUGGCGUCGGCGCGGGCGCGGGAGUGCGUAGCGCGACGAGGAGGAGCAAGGGCGUUGUUUCACCUCCCGCCUCGGCCGCUCGCGCCCCGUCGCCGCUUCAAAGCGGCAAAAAGCCGCCAGUACAAAGGACUAGAGCGUGCGCGCAACAGCGGCGGGCGUCGAGGCCACACCUCGCCGCGCGUGGCGCCGCCGGUGCCUUUGUGCGCGCCGCUGGUCUGCGCGGGGCACCCGGAAGUGGCGGAGGGAGAGCGCGCGAGGUCUGGGCGAGGAGACUCUUUAAUACGUGGCGCCCCGUGAUAUCCGAGCGUCCCUUCAGGUCAAGCCCCAACAAACCAGCCUCCUCCGCAGCCCGCAGCCCCCCAGCCGGCCUCGGGCCAACCGGUUGCUCUCUUCCUGGAUUUAUUUCGCCACAUUACGCGAUUUCCAGCUCUACUUUCACAUUUAAAUCCGGCUUGAUUAACAAUUCAGACUACAUUCAGUCAACUCUGGAUCACUUCAAUUCAACUAUUAUUUCUGCCCAGACCGACUGCACGCGUUCAUUCCAGCCACAUCCAGGCUACUGGAACAGCAGCAACAAGGUUUGGGAUGUUGGUGGGGGCCCGGUCAGCGUUGACAGGUGGGCCGGUAAUUGUUCUCAUUUGGAUAGGCACAAUGUUAUCGAGCCCUGCAGCAGCAGCAGCAGCAGCAGAGAGGGGGGUGAUGGUAGCUGUUUGACUGGGUCCUUUAGGAACAAGGGGAAGGAGAAGGGUGCGAAGGGUGGGGGAGAUGAGCAGGGGAAGGGAGCUUACAAAUGUAGUGCAGCCAUUAACCUCGGUACCAGGGCCCACAUAGGUUGUUGUAGAUCUCCACUUUGUGCAGCAGGAAGGUGUAACCAUGCCAGAAUUAAGGAUGCGAGAGAGAAGGGAAGGGGGAGUAAUGACAGGGGAGAGGGAAAUGAUGGAAGAGGAGGAGGAGGGGUGAUCGAAAGCAACAAACACAUUAAUUUAUCUUAUUAUCCGGAUAAUUUGGCUUUUCCGAUUCUGACUCUCAUAAGCAGGGCUGGUAAUAAGCCUCGGCAGGGGAAAUCAGCGCCAGAAUCCACAGGGCAGAGCCGGCGAGCCCAGGGAGACAGACGCGUGGUUCCCGGUGGCUGCUUUGGUUGUUUGGACAAAACAGAAAUGGGGGAUGGAUAUUUAGCCGCGUUUAUGGUCCCUGAGGGAGGCAUCGCUCAGAGGAAUCCCCCCAUCCAAUUUACCCACAGCGUCAGCACCAGUGAGACGCCCGGUCAGCGUUUUGUGUCCAACAAACGCGCUCUUUCUGAAACUGCUUCAAAACGUCCUGGCACGCUGCUCAGCACACCCACUCCAAAACAAACAGGCGGUUAUGGAGGAAGUGUAAAACUAUCCCAACCGCCCCGUCUAUCGGCUGGAAACGUUGAAGCAGCCGAGUCUGCCGGUGACUCAGGCUUCUUCUCGCCUGCUAAGAGUGUUGUGUCAGCCGCGUCUCGAUCCGCUCACGCAAUUAAACUUCUCGUCGAUUCAGAGCACACCACAACUAAACACCUCUCGUUCCCCUCCGAAAUUAACCAGACAGCAUUGCAUAAUGACUCUCCACCUUCGCUGUCUGUGGGAGAUGUGAGUUCGGCGCGACGGACUGCUCCCCUAGACCAUGGUCGCGUGUUUGUGUGGAGCAAAUUCAACACAAACAGUAAUAACAACAACGACGAGCAGGGAGGCGAGGACAUGCACGGAUACAGCCGUGAGCCUGAAGUAGAGGAAAACCAGUGGCGUGGUCAGACCCAGCAGCAAGACUUAUGGGAAAGCGCGCUAGAAAGUGUCCACACAGGAUGCGCUGACAGCCUUUCCACUGACUGUUCAGCUUCCGAGCGGCGCAACCGUGCGCACACGCAAUUAAAAUCUAGUAAGCAAGUGCCACUGGAGCCGGAACGUGUCAGACAGUCACAUAUGCGGCAGAUGGGGGCCGAGGGAGAAAGGGAGAGGGAAGGAGAGGGCCGAGAGGGGUCCGCUGAUGCUGGGGGAGGAAAAUUACAGGUGGGGGAGGGCGAGCCAGAGGCGCCACUGGUGGGAGGGAGAGAACCAGGAGGAGAGGAGGAAGAGGAGGAGAGGGAAGGGGGGAUAACAAAGGCAAAGCAGGCAGCGGAAGGGAAGGGUCAGAAUAUGGGUAGUAGCACCACCAUCGCACACCCUGAUGGAGAGAGAGGGAAGAAAGAGAAUGAGGCAGGGGAAAUCCGUGAGGGGGGUCAGCGGGGGAUGCAGGUGGAGGAGGAGGAGGAGGAGAGGCACAGUUCAAGGGGAGAGAGGAGCCUGGAACGACUAAUAAUAGCAGACGAUGAAAGCUCACGGGGAGAAAGGGAGAGGAAGAUUUUAAUGGCGUGGCCUCGCUCUCGACGGGCAGCCAACAGGCACCCCCACUUCUCCCAGUAUAACUACCAAGUACAGGUGGCCGAGAACCAGCCUCCUGGCACCUCAGUCAUCGUCAUGUCCGGCUCAGACCUUGACGCAGGCGACGCAGGCCGCCUGAGCUACACAAUGGCCCCACUGAUGAACAGCAGGUCAUCGGACUAUUUCCACAUCCACCCAGACACGGGUCUCAUCACCACCACUCAGGUGCUCGACAGGGAGCACAUGGAUCAGCAUUACUUCCGAGUCACAGCAACUGAUUACGGCUCCCCUCGCCUCUCUGGCACCACGAUGGUAGCCAUCACUGUAUCGGACCGGAACGAUCACUCCCCCAUAUUCGAGCAGACCGAGUACAGAGAGACAAUCAGGGAGAACGUGGAGGAAGGAUAUCCCAUCUUACAGCUGCGAGCAACAGACUCGGACUCCCCGUCCAACGCCAACAUUCGCUACAGGUUCGUUGGUGACACGGCCGCAAUGGCACGAGCAGCCUUUGAGAUUGACCCACGGUCUGGGCUCAUUACCACGCGUGGAGCCGUGGACCGGGAGACGAAUGAGCACUACACGCUCCAAGUGGAGGCCAGCGACCAGGGGAAGGACCCGGGGCCGCGUUCCGCCACCGUCAAAGUCUUCAUCACCGUUCUGGACGAAAACGACAACGUGCCGCAGUUCAGCGAGAAGCGCUACGUGGUGGCCGUGAAAGAGGACGUGCGGCCUCACUCGGAAAUCCUCUGUGUGAGCGCCACAGACCGGGACAAGGACAGCAACGCUGCGGUCCACUACAACAUCAUCAGCGGCAACAGCCGCGGACAGUUUUCCAUCGACAGCGUCACCGGUGAGAUCCAAGUGGUGGCGCCGCUGGACUACGAGUCCGAACGGGAGUACACGCUGCGCGUUCGAGCGCAGGACAACGGCCGACCCCCUCUCUCCAACAACACCGGGAUUGUCAGCGUACAGGUCACGGACGUCAACGAUAACCCGCCAAUCUUUGUCUCCACGCCCUUCCAGGCAUCGGUGCUGGAGAGCGCUCCGGUCGGCAGUUCCAUCCUCCACAUCCAGGCCAUUGAUACGGACUCUGGCGAUAAUGCCCGCCUGGAGUACAGGUUAACUGGCACCAGCUCUGACACACCUUUUAUUAUCAACUCUGCCACAGGCUGGGUCACAGUCAAAUCUAUUCUUGACAGAGAGUCUGUAGAGCACUACUUCUUUGGUGUGGAGGCCAGGGAUUACGGCAUGCCCCCCCUCUCUGCUACAGCGAGCGUUACUAUCACCGUGAUGGAUGUUAACGACAACCGCCCGGAGUUCCUCCAAAAGGAGUACUACAGCCGCCUGAACGAGGAUGCUGCAGUGGGCACCAGUGUGGUGUCUGUUACAGCUGUGGACCGCGACGUCAACAGUGCCGUGACCUAUCAGAUAACGGGAGGGAACACUAGGAACCGCUUCGCCAUCAGCACAGCAGGAGGGGCGGGGCUUCUCUCUCUAGCCCUUCCUCUGGAUUACAAACAGGAGCGGCGCUACGUCCUGACCGUCACUGCCUCGGACCGGACGCUCCACGACACCUGCCAGGUGCACAUCAACAUCACGGACGCCAACACGCACCGGCCGGUGUUCCAGAGCGCCCACUACUCCGUCAGCGUGAACGAGGACCGGCCUCCUGGAAGCACAGUUGUAGUGAUCAGUGCCACCGACGAUGACGUGGGCGAAAACGCUCGAAUCACCUACUUCCUCGAGGACAAUAUCCCACAGUUCCGCAUCGACCCGGCCACAGGGGCUAUAACACUCCAGGCAGAGCUCGACUAUGAGGACCAGAUGACCUACACCUUGGCUAUAACCGCCAAGGACAACGGCAUCCCACAGAAAUCUGACACCACCUACGUUGAGGUGAACGUGAACGACGUGAACGAUAAUGCGCCUCAGUUUCUCAGCCCCAGAUACCAGGGCACAGUCAGCGAAGACGCCCCUCCCUUCACCAGCGUCCUCCAGAUCUCAGCCACCGACCGCGACGCCCACGCCAACGGCCGCGUUCAGUACACCUUCCAGAACGGCGAAGACGGCGAUGGAGAUUUUACCAUCGAACCUACGUCCGGCAUAGUGCGAACCGUCCGCCGCCUGGACCGCGAGAGCGUGCCGUUCUACGAGCUCACAGCCUACGCCGUAGACCGCGGUGUCCCCCCGCAGCGAACGCCCGUCCACAUCCAGGUGACGGUUCUGGACGUCAACGACAAUGCCCCCGUGUUCCCUGCUGACGACUUUGAGGUUCUAGUAAAGGAGAACAGCGCUGUAGGCUCUGUGGUAGCUCAGAUCACAGCCACUGACCCGGACGAGGGUGCGAAUGCUCAGAUUAUGUACCAGAUCGUGGAGGGUAACAUCCCUGAAAUCUUCCAGAUGGACAUCUUCUCUGGGGAGCUCACGUCACUUAUUGAUCUCGACUAUGAGGCCCGUAAUGAAUACGUCAUCGUGGUCCAGGCCACCUCGGCGCCUCUAGUGAGCCGAGCCACCGUGCGCAUCCGACUGGUGGACCAGAACGACAACCGGCCCACGCUGCAGGACUUUCAAAUCAUUUUCAACAACUUUGUGUCCAACCGGUCCAAUAGUUUCCCCAGCGGGGUCAUAGGGCGGGUUCCCGCCCACGAUCCCGAUGUGUCAGACAGGCUGUACUACACCAUUGACAGAGGGAACGAGCUCCACCUGCUGCUCCUAAAUCACACCAGUGGCGAGAUUCGACUGAGCCGAAAACUGGAUAACAACAGGCCCCUGGUGGCCCCCAUGCUGAUCACUGUCACGGAUGGCGUCCACAGCAUCUCGGCCCAGUGCGUCCUCCGCGUCCUCAUCAUCACCGAGGACAUGCUGGGCAGCAGCGUCACCGUCCGUCUGCAGAACAUGUCCCAGGAGCACUUCCUGUCGCCGCUGCUCAGCAACUUCCUGGAGGGCGUCUCGGCAGUGCUCUCUGUGCCCGUCGAGGACGUCUUCAUCUUCAACAUCCAGCCGGACUUGGACGCGGCACCGGGAGGGAUCCUGAACGUCAGCUUCUCCGCCGCUUUGCCCGGUGGACACUUCUUCCCCUCCGAGGCCCUGGAGGAGCAGCUGUACCUGAACCGCUUGCGGCUGACGUCGCUGACGCAGAUGGAGGUCCUCCCCUUCGACGAUAACGUGUGCCUGCGCGAGCCCUGUCAGAACUACAUGAAGUGCAUCUCGGUGCUGCGCUUCAACAGCUCCGCCCCCUUCAUCUCCUCGCCCUCCAUCUUGUUCCGGCCCAUCCACCCCAUCGCGGGCCUGCGCUGCCGCUGCCCGCUGGGCUUCACGGGCGACUACUGCGAGACCGAGAUCAACUUGUGCUACUCCAACCCCUGCUUGAACGGAGGCGUGUGCGCCCGCAGAGAGGGGGGCUACACCUGCAUCUGCCGUGAAGACUACACUGGCGACCGCUGCGAGUUCGACCGGCGCCAGGGCCGCUGCGUUCCCGGCGUGUGCCGGAACGGCGGCACCUGCCGCGAGCUCUCCGGUGGCGGCUUCCGCUGCGAGUGUCCGGCCGGCGGCUACGAGCGCCCGUACUGCACCGUCACCGCCCGCUCCUUCCCGCCCAAGUCCUUCGCCAUGUUCCGGGGCCUCCGGCAGAGAUUCCACCUCUCCAUCUCAUUAACUUUUGCUACCAUGGAGAGCAACGGACUCCUCCUCUAUAACGGACGCUUCAAUGAAAAACACGACUUCAUCGCUUUGGAGAUCCAGGAAGGACAAGUGGUCUUCAAAUAUUCCACAGGUGAGUCGUCCACUCAGGUGAGUCCCUUCCUGCCUGGCGGCGUGAGCGAUGGAAACUGGCACACGGUUCACAUCCACUACUACAACAAGCCAGCUACACGCUAUCCCAAGCGCAGCAUGAGCGGCGAGGCCCAGGGUCCGUCGGAUGAAAAGAUCGCCGUGGUGAGCGUGGACGACUGCGACACGGCCUUGUCGCUGCGCUUCGGGCUGCAGCUCGGGAAUUAUAGCUGCGCCGCGCAGGGCAAGCAGACCAGCAGCAAGAAGUCUCUGGAUCUGACUGGCCCCUUGUUUCUGGGUGGAGUUCCCAACGUACCAGACAACUUCCCGUUUGGCACCAGAGAGUUUAUCGGUUGUAUGAAGGAGCUGCACAUUGACAGCAAGCCGCUGGACCUGGCUGGAUUUAUUGCUAAUAAUGGAACCAUCCCAGGCUGCAGCGCUAAGCUGCCCUUCUGUAAGUCCAACCCCUGUCAGAACGGAGGAACCUGCAGGGUGAGCUGGGAGACGUUCUCCUGUGAUUGUCCCCUGGGGUACGGAGGCAAGGACUGCAGCCACGUCAUGCCCCACCCCCACCGCUUCCUGGGUAACAGCGCCCUGUGGUGGGACCUGAAGAACGACGUGACCAUCUCCACGCCGUGGUACUUGGGCCUGGUGUUCAGAACCAGAGCGCGGGACGGGCUUCUGCUGCAGGCCCAGGCCGGCCAGUACACCAGCCUGCUGUUUCAGGUCACAGGUGGUCAGCUGGUGUUCUCGGUGACCCGCGGCUCCACCAGACCGGUGCGCCUGAGGUUGGAUCAGGUCCAGGUGGCGGACGGACGGUGGCACGACCUCCAGCUGGAGCUGCGCGACGUCCGCAGUGGCCGCGAGACGCGUUACGUGGCCACGCUGCGCCUCGACUUUGGACUCUAUCAGGGAACAGUGAUAGUGGGAAAUGAGAUCCACGGCUUGAAGGUGAAGCAUCUGCACGUGGGAGGGGUGCUGGGCUCAGGAGAGGUCCAGAAUGGAAUAAAAGGCUGUAUACAGGGUGUUCGUCUGGGUGUGAGGCCGGACGCCCCUGCCCUGUCCCACCCAUCAAGAGCCAUCAAAGUGGAGACCGGCUGCAAUGUUGGCAAACCCUGCGCCUCAUCCCCUUGCCCCGCCCACAGCAGCUGUUUAGACCAAUGGGAGCGGCACACCUGUGUCUGUGAACCUGGUUUCUACGGGAAAGGCUGCACUGACGCCUGCCAUCUGAAUCCAUGUGAAAAUGAGGCUCAGUGCCACAGGAAGCUCAGCUCCUCCCAUGGGUACAUCUGUGACUGUGGCGACAACCACUACGGGCAGUAUUGCCAGCACAGGAUUGAUCACCUGUGUCCCAGGGGCUGGUGGGGGUCUCCCACCUGUGGCCCGUGUCACUGUGACACCAACAAGGGCUUCGACCCCGACUGUAACAAGACCAGCGGGCAGUGCCACUGCAAGGAGUUCCACUACCGCCCGCGGGGCUCGGACGCCUGCCUGCCGUGCGACUGCUACCCCGUGGGCUCCUUCUCGCGCUCGUGCGACCCGGAGAGCGGCCAGUGCCAGUGCAGGCCCGGCGUGAUCGGCCGCCAGUGCAACUCCUGCGACAACCCCUUUGCCGAGGUCACGAACUCGGGCUGCGAAGUGAUUUACGACGGAUGUCCAAAGACCAUCACUCAGGGGAUCUGGUGGCCUCGGACCAAGUUCAACCUCCCUGCUGCGGUGCCUUGCCCGAAAGGCUCUGUGGGCGCGGCCAUCAGACACUGCGAUGGAGAGCGAGGUUGGCUGGAGCCCGACCUGUACAACUGCACCUCUCCUCCAUUUGUGGAGCUCAAUUCUGCCCUGGAUUCCCUGGAGCGCAACGAGACGGAGCUGAACACUAUCGUGGAGAAGAAGCUCGCCCACCAACUCCGCGACAUCACCGAGGCCACCUCCCGUCUCUAUGGCAACGACUUGCAGAUCGCCGAACGGCUGCUGUCCCGCCUGUUGACGUUUGAAACCCAGCAGAGCGGCUUUGGCCUCACCGCUACUCAGGACGCUCACUUCAAUGAGAAUAUUCUGCGGGGCUGCAGUGUGCUGCUGGGCCCCGGGACCUCCGGGCUCUGGCGGGCGCUCGCUCAGAGCCAGAACCACAUCCCGGGCGGGGGUCCGGCCGGGCUGACGGAGCUGCUGGAGCAGUACACCCAAAACCUGGCCCAGAACAUGAAGCUCACCUACCUCAACCCCGUGGCGCUGGUCGCUCCCAACAUAGUCAUGAACCUGGACCGCGUGGAGAACCACACCCACGUCCGGCGCCGCUUCCCGCGCUACCACGCCACCAUGUUCCGCGGCCAGUCUGUGUGGGACCCCUACACGCACGUGAUCCUGCCCCCCACGGCUCUGGCGCCGCAGCGGCAGCAGCACGGCUGGAAGGAGAAGGAGAAGGAGCGGGCGGAGAGAGAGCCCUCGGCACCGCAGAGCGCGGCUCCGGCGCCGGUCAGCCUCUCGGCCAAUCAGACGGGGGAGUACACUGCAGCCAGACGCUCCGCCCCCCCGCCCGAGCCGCCCUUCACCAUCGUCAUCCUGCUGAUCUACCGAAGUCUGGGUGCGGCCCUGCCUCCCAAGUACCACACGGACCGGCGGGGAGUGAGGCUUCCCAGACACCCAGUAAUGAACUCCCCAGUGGUCACCGUCUCGGUCUACAACAACCAGACGUUCGUGGCCGGACACCUGGACCAGCCCAUCCUGCUGGAGUUCAAGCUGCUGGAGACGGCCAACCGCAGCAAGCCGCUGUGUGUGCAGUGGAACCACAGCAGCCCGUAUGAGCCAGGAGGGUGCUGGACGGUGAGGGACUGUAUGGUGGUGUACAGGAACACCUCGCACGUCCGCUGUCAGUGCCAGAGACUGGGCACCUUUGGCGUGUUGAUGGACAGUUCGCAGAGAGAGCAGCUGGAGGGGGAUCUGGAGACGCUGGCCUUGGUCACCUACUCCUCCCUGUGCAUGUCCAUGCUGGCUCUGCUCCUCGCCGUCCUGGUGCUCUCCUGCCUCAGAGGUCUCAAGUCCAACACCAGGAGCAUCCAUUCCAACACAGCGGCGGCCAUGUUCUUGUCGGAGCUGGUGUUCCUGUCGGGAGUCAACCAGACGGAACAACAGUUCCUGUGCACCGUUGUUGCCAUCCUCUUGCAUUAUUUCUUCAUGUCCACCUUUGCCUGGAUGUUCGUGGAAGGCCUUCACAUCUACCGCAUGCAGACCGAGCAACGCAACAUCAACUACGGAGCCAUGAGGUUCUACUACGCCAUCGGUUGGGGCGUGCCCGCCAUCAUCACCGGCCUGGCGGUGGGCUUGGACCCGGAGGGUUACGGGAACCCGGACUUUUGUUGGAUCUCCCUCUAUGACAAACUCAUAUGGAGCUUCGCUGGUCCUAUUGCCAUUGUCAUUCUGAUAAACGGAGGGAUUUUUACGAUUGUCGCCAAGAUGUCCUGCAACCCGUCUCAGAAGGAGACUAAAAAGCUGCCUGUCAUCGCUACUAUCCGCAACGCCUUCCUGCUGCUGCUGGUUGCCACCUCCACGUGGUUGUGCGGCCUGACGGCUGUGAACAACAGCAUCCUGGCUUUCUAUUACAUUUUCGAUGUGCUCUGCCUUGUGCAGGGCCUGUCGGUGAUGCUGGUCUUCACUGUGCUCAACUCGGAGGUGCAGGAGGCCUGGAGAGUUGCCUGUUUGGGCAAGAAGAGCCCUGGAGAAGACCCUCCAAGACCACCACAGAACACAACUCAGAACCCCUACCACAACGCAUCGCUGCUGGAGCAGAGCGGGCUCCACCGCAUCACCCUGGGAACCUCCACCAUCUCCUCUGUCAGCUCUGCCAGGGAAAAUCUUUUGGCUCGUCAGAAUCUGGAACAGAACAUCGUCCACACCGGAGCAACGGACCUGGACGUGGCCAUGUUCCACAGAGACGGAGGCGAGGACUCGGACUCGGACUCGGACCUUUCCAUGGAGGAGGAGCGCAGUCUCUCCAUCCCCUCGUCUGAGAGCGAGGACAACGUCCGUCUCCGCGGACGCAUACAGCGGCGAUUCAAACGCUCCAAUCACAGUGAGCGCCUCCUGACAGAGCCCGCCCACAACAACGCCAAAGACCUGGACGGCAAUGACCUUCUGUCCUACUGGCCCGCUUUGGAGGGGUGUGAGACGCACACUCUGCAAAAGUGGGGCUCAGAGCGCCCCCUGGGGGGCGAUUACAGCAAGGACGCGGCCAACAACAACCAGGCCGACGCGGCGCUGACCAGCGGGGACGAGAACGGCCUCACUCAGCCUCACAGGCACCGCAAGGGUAUCCUGAAAAACCGCCUUGGCUGUCCCCCAGCGCUUCAGGGUCUCUCCAGCGUGGGCCGGGUCCCCAGUGAGCUGAACUGGUACCGAACCUCCACUCUGGGCCAUCGAGGCGUUCCUGCAGCGUCCUACGGCCGCAUGUACUCCGCCACGGCGGGCGCCAGCGGAGGCACUGGCUCUCUGUCGCAGCCGGCUUCCCGGUACUCCUCCAGAGAGCACCUGGACUCACUCGCCCGGAGGCAGCUGUCCAGGGACCCGCUGGGAAGGCAGACGAUUGGUGGAUCGAGGGACCGGCUGGACUCCCGGGGCUCCAGGGACAACCUGGAUCUCCUACCCAGGAGGAGAGAGCUGGGAUUCGGGCAGGUAACGGGACUGGCGGGCCUGGGGCUGGACCACCAGCGGGUCUCAGCGUCCAGGGAGAACUUGUCCGGAUCCAGGGACAGACUGGACCUUCACCACACAGGCAGCGUCCACGCCUCGCGGGAGGACCUGAGCGGGAGCGGGGGAGCGGAGGGGCACCUCGGCGGGUCGAGGUCGCAGCUGAACGCGCUGACCCGGCGGCAGGCCUCGUCGCGGGAGCACCUGGCGGGGGCGCUGAUCAGCAGCCGGUCGCGGGAGCAGCUGGAGGCCAACGGCGCGGGCGCCCAGCCGUGCCGCGAGUGGCUCCGCACGCUGCCCCCCCGCCAGCCCUCGCACCCGGACCAGCCUCCCUCCUCGUCGCCGCCUCCCCCCAUCUCCGAGGAGCCGCAGCAGGAGCAGCCGCUGCCCCCCUCGGUUCCGGUCAGGGGGGAGGUGGACUCGGCGCCCCCGUGUAGGUACCCGGCGCAGACUGUCGGCUCGAACCCGAACUCUCUGGGCCGACAGCCGUCCAGCGAACACCUGGACAUUCUGUCCUCCAUCCUGGCCUCCUUCAGCUCCUCCGUGCUCACUCCCCCUCCCGCCGCCUCUAACCCAGGACCUAACGGGUCGGCCCGUGGACCCUCCCCCUCCCCACCCCAGUCUCACACCUCCCACAGCAUCUCUGAAGUGUCUCCUGACUCUGAAGCCAACAGAAGUGAAGGACAGUCUUGAUGACAGCCUCCGCUGCCCUUCAUGCAUAGCAACUGCUUGGGCCAGAAGUUCAGAAGUUAAUGGAUGAUCCUUAACCACUGACGAGCCCUGGGACACUGGAGGACUGGAAACAAGCCGGAACAGACGUCUGCUCAGAACAAAAGAGGAUGUUUGUGGGUUGUACUGUAUAAAUCAGUUUUUUCAGGUCCCACUAAUGACAGUAAUCUACGACGGUUGUGUCAACCUUCACCUCUACUACCUAAAGACUCCAUAGAUUUCAAACAGUCACUUCAGCCUGAUCCUCACAAGACCUGUAAAUAACAUUUUUAUACAUUUUGUAUCUUUUUCAUUGGAGAUGAAGAAGAAAUCUCUCGUGACGUUUUCUUUUUUGUAACGGUCGUGUCCGUGUGAGGUUGUGAGUGAGGUUGGUGCGAGUGCAGUCUUGUUCGUUGCUGAGGGAGAGAUUUUCCCUUUCAAAGUAAAACAAAAAAAAAAAAAGUCAACCCAGACCGGUGCGCCUGCCAUUUACUGUAUCUCAGAAACCUCCCUCAAACCCAUCAGUUUUGUGUAUAGCGACAGGGGUCCGGCAAUAGCAUCUGAUGAGAUUAUCAAAACCGUGAGAUGUGGCAGGAGGAAUGAUGUCAAACGAGCCAGACGUGAUUGUAAAUAGCAGAAGGUGUUAUAUGGAGAGGUGAGAUUAGGUGGAACGGGAUGAUUGUGCAGAAAAAGAUGACCAACGUUUAGCUAAAACGAUAAAACAUCACCAUUCGUUGGUGGUUCAGCUGUUGAUGCUCGGUCACGUGUCUGCUCUUUCAGGCGACUGUGCUGUUUGUGGUUCGCUGUAUAUGAAUGUGACCUCGUCAUCCGUCUGUGUACAGUAUCUGUGCCUGGUGCUGUCUGACCCAGACCCCGUCAGCCUCCUGAUACGACAGGACCGCAUCCCUGGUGUUGCGGAGGCGCGCCGACGUCUCUGUGUGUAUCACAGAACCACCGUUCAAAGCCCCUCAAGGUACUUUUGCACUUUGAUGCACCGUGACUCAACCUGCCUCAGGAGACGCCACGGGCGCCGCCGAGUCGCCCCGGCAGCGACCAGGAGACUCGUUCACGGACGCUUCUCAUGCAGAGCAAACCCAAGCCAAAGGGACAGCUGCUUAAAACCAGUAACAUCAGUGUUCUCCAUUUUUGUGAGAUUUAAAUCUAAACCAUGUUUGAGUCCCACGCAUUUUUUUAAUCAUUCAAACUGUGCUUGAUUUAAGAGAAUACAAUUGAAGAUAUUGAAGAAACGUGCAGCAACAUCCACCUGUCUGUAGCAGAUGAAAACCAUGGCAGGAUUAUUUUACAUUCCUAUUGUUAAGGAUGUUCUUCACACAUAAAAAUAUCAUCAAAACAACGCACGAAAUGCAUCGUGUGCCGACUUUUUAAGGGCUCAAACAUUUACAAUAGAGCACAUUAAUACAGAUUCUCCUCUCGUACGAUGAUGAGUUCCUUGCACGUGUAGCUUCUGCAGCCUUGUACCUGUUUUCAGAGGAGAGGAGGUGUCCGUUGCGUCGCCACUAAAAGCCUCUAAGUGGUUUUCGAGGUGCGUGUCACUGCGUCAGGAGCUGCUUCUCCUUCACAGCUGUCGGAGGCGGCGCUGAGCUCGGGCCUUAAGGUCCGACACGCGGGCGUCUGCAGGCAGCGGAGGUCCUGUCAGCCUGCCUUCACGGGGAUUAGGGAUUGUGGCACACAUGAAAUGCUGUUUCUAAAGAACGGAUGUGGGUUAUAAAAGGCAACGUGUGGUGUGUAGUCCGCCUUCGCUUGGCCGGGGAGUCCUGUCAGAGUCAGAAAAACAGCAGUAAUAAGCGCAAGUACAACCGGGGUCACAUGCGAUGACUGUGCGGUCCACAAAGUGACGGCACGCGGUGGAAAUGAACAUAUCUGCAACCGAUCAUCUGUGACCGUGUUCUUGCCAAAAAGUGCUUCUGCAGGUGAGCACAACCUAUUAGUCUGUUAAAGGAGGAGUAGAAAACCCAACAUCACUCCCCUUUUGUUUAUUUUCUUUUAUAUCAUGUUAUCUUGUACAGACAUGCUGUUUAUUUAUUUAUUAAUAAUUUAUUGACAUGUAUCUAUUUUGCCAUUUUGUCCAAAUUUUUCUUUUGCUCAUGUGUAACGUCUGUUAUAGUAUCUUGAGUCUCUCAAUGCAACAGAUUCACAAGUGACGGAAUGUUAAAACAAAUGUCUCUUACACCUAAAAUUACAUCCUUUUAUUGUUAGCUUACUUGGAAAAGGAAAUACUGCUAAGUUUGUUUUCCUGCCAAGUCCAAUUUCAUACAUUCACCUUCUCCAGACAGAAUGUCAGCAUCUAAACAAAAAGUCCUGGUUGUAAACAGCAGCUGUAUUCCAAAUUAAACACGUAUGGCUUUUGUGGAUGAAGCUACACAAGCACAAACUCCAGCUAUUACCUAAUUUACCAGGUUCUGGACCAGUAGAGGCCACGUGAGGAGGCGCAGACAGGCUAAAAUGGUGGUAGUGGCUCUGAAAGCGUGAAAAAGGCGGAACGAGACAGAAGGAGAGGAAGGGAGGAGGGGAGAACGGAUGGGAGAUUGUCUUUGUAAGCUUGUGUGUUCAUUUUGUGAUGCCUUCCAUCCUGCCGUCGGCAAGGAGACGGCGGCAUGGAAACAGCUGUUGCCCUGUUGACGCGGAAACAAGAAAAAUGUUGGACAUUAAAGAAAAAAUGACUUAUUCAUACAA